GGUAAUGUCAACGUAAUAGUAUUUCAGCUAAAAAUGGACACUUCUCUUAAUUUCACAUUGAGAAAUAGUUUGAAGGUGAAAAACUGUUAGUACCGAAUAAUAGAGCCCUGAUUAUAUAUCAUGCAAUUCUCUGCUACAAGCAAGCUCCAAUUAAUGUAUAAAUCAAUCAAACAAUAAUUAACCCAUUAAAAAUCAAAAUUUCACCAGUGUUCUCUUCUUGUUAUUUCAGCUUAGGAUAUGAACAAUUAUUGGUACUAUGAUCCAUCAACAACAUGUCCUGGGAGCACUGUACCUCCACCAGGUGUUCCUAUCAAUCUAUGGGCACAACCUCCUCCACCUCCACCUCCCGAAGAAAAACAAUCCACCCAAACUUCAAGUUCAAGUGCAGUGACCUGGAAUUAUGCCUGGCCAACCACUGCAAAUCAUUAUGGCCCAAUGGCAGUACAAAAUUAUUAUGAGAAAACAUAUUCAGUGACUGGACAAGACCAGAAUUUUAUGCUUAAUAAUGGCCAUUACCACAUGAUUAGCAAGUCAAAGUAGAACAAAAAAUCAGUCACAAAGCACACUGAUUUUCAGACUUCUCAAAUUGGUUGCAGGUAUGUAUAAAAACACAAUAUUAUGGAACAGCUGCUAGUCCCUAUAUUAGUAAUGGAUACACAACAGUAAAACCUAUGGAAAAUGUUAGAUCUUCACAAAAUGCUUCACCAAUUAAUAACACAUUAAUAGCAAAGAAUCCACAAACCAACUCAAAAAAUAAUGCCCCUCUUAUCGAGAAGACUUCUGAUAUAAGAUCUCGCAGAAGCAGGAGCCGCAGUCGCAAAAGAAGCAGAAGUCUUAGCAGACGCAGAUACAGAAGCCGCAGUCGGAGCCGUAGAAGAAGUAGAAGCCGCAGACGUAGGCACAAUCGCGAUACCAGUAAAAGCAGUAGGAUUCCCGAUCGUAGUUUAAAAACGUCGGCUGAUAAAAAGUCCGAAUCAAGCAAACCUCUGACAGAAAGAGAAGCUAUUUUAAAAAAAUGGAAAAAUAAUUUUUGUGAUACUCAACAGAAGAUAUACCAAAAGCUGGAAGAGUAUGUUAAAGAUACUGAAGAUAUAAUUCGAGCCGAGAGUAAAAUUUGGACCAGAUCGACACCUUCAGAGUUGUAUUAUGAAAGGGACCCAGAUAAUUUUAAGGUCUUUAAAGGAACACCAUCCCUUAUUGAGAUAUGCAGUGAAUUUAAAGAAAAACUAGUUGACAGGACCGCAUCCGUUAAUAGUUUAAAACCGAAGUAUAUUCCUCCUCCAAGAAAAAAUCGAGCAAGAGUCUGCAAACAUAAAUCAGAAGUCUGCUCCGAUUCUGACAGUUCAGAUAGCAGUAUUUCUGAUGAAGAGGGAAGUUAUUUUAUGGAAGAACUGCAAAGAAAGCAACAACACCCUGAUAGAUUAAACCCUGAACUUUGGUAUAACGAUCCAGGAGAAAUGAAUGACGGACCUUUAUGUAGGUGCUCGUUUAAAUCGAGGAAAUCUGGAAUACGGCAUGGAAUUUAUCCUGGGGAAGAACCAGUGCCUAGAUGCUCCCUUUACACUAACAACGCUGAAAAGUUAUAUAACUACAGGAUUAUCAUUUCUCCCCCAACAAAUUUUCUUAUUAAAGCACCAACUAUUAUCCAAUAUGACCAGCAUGAAUAUAUUUUUGAAGGAUUUUCAGUUUUAUCUCAUUCUCCUUUAGCCAAGUUGCCUCCAUGCAAAGUAAUCAGAUUUAACAUAGAAUAUACUAUUAUAUACUAUGAGGAAAAGGUUCCAGAAAACUUUACUAUUGCAGAAGUCGAUCUUUUUUCAUCAUACCUUUUUAAGGAAAUCUUGGAACUAGUGGAUUUGGAUAUAGUAAAAACUCUUGAUAGUGAGCAUUGCCCUCAAUUUCAUUUCUUACCUAGAUUUGUCAGAGAUGUGCCAGGUGGUGGAAAAGAAAUUUUAUGUAUGCAGCAAGUAAUUAAAUAUUUAUUGGAGAGCAAUGCACCUAUUAUCAAUCCAUGUGAUUUAAAAAGCAUGGUAAAAAUGUCUCAAUAUGAAUGGCAGGACUUUGCUGAUGAGCUAAAGGGCAUGGUUGUAACCUACCCAGGAAAAAAACCUUCAUCUGUUAGGGUAGAUCAGCUAGAUCGCAAUAUAGAUUUACAAAAGGAGGGAGAAUAUCAGUUUCCUGAAAUUGUCCAUUUUGGAAUAAGGCCACCACAGCUAAGUUAUGCCGGUAAUCCUGAAUAUCAGAAAGCUUGGCGUGAAUAUGUCAAGUUUAGACAUCUUAUAGCAAACAUGUCAAAACCAACUUUUGAUGAUAAAAGGAAAUUAGAAGCUAAAGAAAAUAAACUUCAAGAAAUGAGAACACUAGGACAGAUGAAACGAGACGUAACAGUAGCCGUAUCUGCAGAAGGGUUUUAUAGAACAGGUAUAAUGUGUGACAUGGUUCAACACGCUAUGCUAAUGCCAGUACUUGUAUGCCAUCUAAGAUUCCACAACUCUCUAAAUAGGCUAGAAGAUUCGAUACAAUAUAAAUUUCAAAACCGUGGUUUACUUCAGUUGGCCCUAACUCAUCCCUCGUACAGGGAAAAUUUUGGAACAAACCCAGAUCACGCUAGAAAUAGCCUAACAAAUUGUGGCAUUAGACAGCCUGAGUAUGGAGAUAGAAGAAUCCAUUAUAUGAACACUAGGAAACGAGGGAUAAAUACUCUAAUAAAUAUAAUGUCAAGGUUUGGCAGGCAAGAGGAGACAGAAUCCAAUAUAACUCAUAACGAACGUUUGGAAUUCUUAGGUGAUGCUGUAGUAGAAUUCUUAUCAUCUAUUCAUUUAUUUUUUUCCUUUCCUGACUUGGAAGAGGGUGGUUUGGCAACUUAUAGAGCUGCAAUUGUUCAGAAUCAACAUCUAGCACUUCUAGCCAGGGUGCUAAAGCUCGAUCAGUUUAUGUUGUAUGCACAUGGUUCCGAUUUAUGUCACGAUUUGGAGCUAAAACAUGCUAUGGCCAACUGUUUUGAAGCCCUCAUGGGAGCACUCUUUUUAGAUGGAGGUAUCGAUGUAGCAGAUAGAGUUUUUUCUCACACACUUUUUAAGGAUGAUCUGGAAUUACUGAAGGUUUGGGUUAAACUCCCACCACAUCCUUUGCAAGAGCAAGAACCGACCGGAGAUCGACACUGGAUAGAAAAGUUUGACAUUCUCAAAAAAUUAACGGAAUUUGAAAAGAGCAUUAGUGUAGAAUUUAAUCACAUUCGUCUCUUAGCUCGGGCUUUUACGGAUAGGAGUGUGGGUUAUACAAAUUUAACCAUGGGAUCUAAUCAAAGACUGGAAUUUCUUGGAGACACCGUUUUGCAACUGAUAGCGUCUGAAUAUUUGUAUAGGUUUUUUCCUGAACAUCAUGAAGGACAUUUAUCUCUAUUAAGGAGUUCUCUAGUAAACAACAGAACUCAGGCAGUAGUGUGUGAUGAUUUAGGAAUGGCUCAAUAUGCUUUAUACAGCAACCCCAAACCUGAACUAAAAACCAAAGAUAGAGCAGAUCUUUUAGAAGCUUUCAUUGGUGCUCUUUAUGUUGAUCAGGGCAUGGAGUAUUGCGAAGUAUUCUGCCAGGUAACAUUGUUUCCAAGGCUGCAGGAUUUCAUUAUGAACCAAGACUGGAAUGACCCUAAGUCGAAAUUGCAACAGUGUUGUCUAACGUUGCGCGCUAUGGACGGUGGAGAACCAGAUAUCCCAGUGUAUAAGGUAAUCGAAUGUAAAGGCCCCACAAACACCAGAGUCUACACUGUAGCAGUUUACUUCAGGGGCAAACGUUUGGCAAGCGCUAUGGGCCAUAGCAUACAGCAAGCCGAAAUGAAUGCUGCUAAAAAGGCACUUGAAAUUUCAAAUGACUUGUUUCCUCAACUAGAUCAUCAAAAACGUGUAAUCGCAAAGAGUAUGAAGCGGCAAAAGAAAUAUGUCAAUUCCAAGAAAAAACAAGUUAGAGACACCAAAUCGCCAGAAAGUUAUUCUAGGUACAGGUUCAAGUCAAAAAGUCCGGAGUCGGAAAGGGGUAGCAGUAGAAGUAAAAGCGGGAAAAGUCAACGGCGAUCUAGGUCCAGAUCAAGAGCCACUUCGUCAACAUCGAAUUCUCAUGCAAAGUCGAUUGACAGUUGCAAUAGUGAAAGCAACAGAUCCGAAAGCACUAGAGCUAAACUGAGCAUGGAUAGAAGCGAUUCGACUGAUAGUGCUAAUAGUUCUCCAGAAACCAACACGAAUUCUUUUGCUAAGGCGGAUUUCAGCAAAUUAAUUGACAGAACCUAAAAGUACUAAACCACACUGAAUCAUUGGUUAAGGUAAUGGCCUAGGAAGAUUCAGAGCUUUAGAUCAUUCUAGGCUUGGUUAGAUCGAUUUUGGACGUAGUAACGUAAUUUUGUUUCGAAGAAAUAUAUUUUAAAAUAAUUAAGUGACAAAAGAUUGUGAAUUGCAAAAAUACAGGGUGAUAUAUUUCCUGAAAAAAGCAACCUAUUUGCUUCUUGAGGACACCUCUGGAAAUUCUAGAUCAAAGUUAAGUGGUCCAGUAGAUUUAAUUCUUUAAAUAAACCAUUAAUCAAAUCGGCAAGAGGAUUUUAAAACUAUUAAUAAACACUUUUUCUUUUACGUAACACCCUGUAUUUUGGAAAUGAAUAUUUUUCAAAAGUAUAUUUAUUAAAAGUUUUUUUGCUAAGAGGAAUCUCCUCUAAGAAUUUUUAUCAAAACUCUGAAAUACCCUGUAUUUGAAAAUAUAUCAUAAUUGUAUUUUAAUCAAGUCAUACAGCCAGGGCCAAAAAGUUUGCAAGUCAGUAGUAAGUAAUUUAAAGAUAUUUUUUAAAAACUUAACUCACAGUAUAAUUAUUAACAGCUUAUUUAACAUAUUUUUUUUCUUUUUAAGUUCUUAUUGAAACUAUGUAAUCUUUUUAAUAAUUAAAUUUCCAAAAAACUCAUUUAUUUGGUUACAAAUGGAAGAAAAAAUAUUUACUUAUUCAAGCAAUUUGGACAAAGCUCUAUAAAAAAGAAAGUAAAGAGUAUAUAUUAUGAAAAUUUCCAUAACGCUAAAGAUCAUUACAUAAAAUUAAACUAAUCUAUCAAACUAAUUAAAUCAAAUAAUUUAUAAGUAUAGUUAAUAAGUUUUUGUGUAUGUUAUAUACUAUUAAUACACUAUAGACCGGGGGACCAGGAUAAGGGAAUAUAAGGCAUAACUCCAGCUUGUUAUUUUUGAUACAUAACAUUAAAAAAAUAGUUUUUUGAUUGUAAAGUAAAGGCAUCAUACGGCUUGUCAUGAACCAAGUCGUAAUUAGUGAAUUUAUAUUUGUUAGAAGCGAAUAGAGUUUAAUCGGGAGGUCUGUUUAUCUGUUUCUGUGGGUAACUGGAUAUUAUAAUAUAAUAUUUUUCUUAAAAAUAUAAAUUUCUUAGAUUUUUGAACACACGAAUUUUAAUUUAAUAAAAUAAUAAAUAUAUUCCUCUUACUAAGUCUCUCUUCUCAGUCUUUUUACCCUCUGGAGGGUGUAGUGAUACUAUUUUAGGUAUGAGCUUAAAUUUGUUGUUUCCAUGUGUUUCUAGCUUGUGCUAGAUAUAUUGCCUCGUGCAUUGAGUGUCUCUUUACUUCUUUUAGUGUUCCUUCUGUCGGUCCGACCUUAUGGACCUUUUUCCCUCGACCACGAAGUUUUCCAUCUCACCUGUUCUUCUAGCUAUGUGGUCAAAGUAGGUGAGAUAUGCUCUAUUGAUUUGGUUUAGCAGACGCUUGUUGUUUCUAGUUCUUGUAAAACAGAGGCGUUUGUUCUGUGUUCCACCCAUGACACUCUUAGCAUUGGUCUGUACAUCUUCAAUUCGAAGGCUUCAAUUCUCUUUCAAUCUGUUUUCUUUACUGUCCAUAUUUCAGCGGAGUAGCAAUUGAAAACAUCAAGGAACUGGCCUAUAUUAGUUGUUGGAGAAACAAUUGAGGUUUAGUUGUUGCUGAUCUGGCCAUAGCCAAUUUUCUCUUUGUUUCAUCUGAACAGCCUCCAUUUUGGUUCUCAAUGAUCACAGAUAUACAAACUGGUCCACCACAUCAGAUCACGCAAUUGGAUCGAACAAUGAUCAUUACAUUAGUUUUUGGUUUGAUGAUUUUUAAACCAUAUUCUCUGCUAUAUUUGUCUAAUUUGUUCAUUGUCUUUCUCAGUUAAUUUUCGUCUGCUUCAAUCAAGGUGUUUUUCUGAGGUAACUAAUUCCUGAGGUAACUAAUUUUUUUUCCUCCAAUUCUCUCAUCGUCAAGCACUUUUCUCAUGAUGUAUUCGCUAUAUACCUUGUAAAGGAGUGGCGAGAGCAUGCAUCCCUGUCUAGCACCGGUCCCUAUAUAAAUGUUCUGGACACUGUUUGUCCUGAACAUACAUUUCACCCGUCACUCUCCACAGAAGUGACCAGUUCACAGAGUCGAGCGCUUUCUUAUAGUCCAUGAGGCACAAAUAUAAUAUUAGGUUGCGUCCUCUCGCUUUUUCAAUGAUCUGAAUAAAUAAAUUUGAAUGCCAUACGACAUAAAAUUUAUCAGUUUGCAUUUUAAGUUUAAUUAAUCUAUACAAGGGAUUCUAAGCAAAAUAAAAAGAAAGCAAAACAAAUGUAUGGAAAGUUGACAUUUCGGCAUUUAAAGCAUUCAAUGCAUAUUACCUUGCUGGUCACCUAGCAAGUCUGUUAUCCAUUUAGUUUGAGACUUACGUUAUAAAAUGCUCACAUUUUAUUUAGUUAUUUUAUAUCUGUGAAGUUAUUUUUGAAGGAUUUUAUUAAAAGUUACACCAACAAAUUGGGAAGAAUGUAAAAUGUAAGUCUAAACUGUACUAACUAAUGUAACUCUAAAGUUGUUGUUUCCUAUUAAAUAGCGAGUCAUUAAAAAAAUUAAUUAACCACCAAAGAUAUAUGUUUGCCAAAGGGUCGUGUUGUAAGGUACAUAAAAAAAACAAAGCAUGAUAAAAAAAAUCAUAGUUUUUAUGCAAAUUUAACAUUAAUAACUUAUUCAUAACACUAUUCCGAAAUAUACAAAUUUUUAAUUAUCAAAAAUUCACAAGUAGGGUAUCAUGGUUUUUUAAAUAUUAUUAAUAUAUGUAAAAGUAUAUCAGGUUUUCUUUCAUUAUAAUAUUAGAAAAUUUCUUGGGAAACAAAAUGACAGAAGAUUUAAUGUAUCAAAAAAUGCGAAAUUUAUUUUGUUUCACUUAAAAAACAAAACAUUUAUAAAUUGUUCCCUUUAUCCUGGGCCACCCAGUAUGUCAUAAUUGUAUUAAUAACAAGUUAUACAGUAAGGGCCAAAAAGUUUGCAAGCAAAUGGUAAAAAGUAAAAAAAAAAUAUUGUCAUUUGUUGUUCACAUUAUUUGCCCGAGCUGUAUAGGGAUUUAAAUUAAAAUCCUAUACAUUAAAUUGUGACAUAAAGAGUUAAAAAAUUUUAAAAAUAUAUUUAGAUAUAAAUAUGAGUGAAACUUGUAUUAGUGUAGUCUCUGAGGUCGGACUAUAAUGCUGGGCAUAUAUGAGCAUGGAAGAUAUGCCACUUUUAUGUUUUAUUUAUUUGAAGUCUUAUAUACUAAAACAUUCGUUCGACCCAAAUAGUUACAUUUAAUAUUAAGAACGUACACUAGUAAAAAAUAGAAAACGCUAAACGUGCAGUAAAAAGAUAGAGAAACGUUACAAAUUAAUAGUUAAGAGAUUUAAUUUAGUUUUAGAGUUUUUAGCAUGUAAUUCUUACUUUAUACAUUUAUUAUUUUUAGUUAACAAAAACCGUUUUAAAAAAUAAUACCUUUACCCCAUAUUAAGACUUUUAAAAAUCUACCACCAAUUGUUUAUAGGAAAUAGUUAGUAGGGUUCUUUAUAAUUUGAAUGGUUUAUUGUGCUUUUUUAUAAAUGCUGCUCUUUGGAAGCUUUAAAAUAUCAAAGUUGAUACAUAAAAUUAUUAAUUAGAUUAGGUAUUUCAUUGUAAUAAGUUUGCAUAAUUUUAGUAAUGACCAGCAAAAAGUGGGAUCUAUUACAACAAACACAGUAGAUAAAAUUUAGCUUACAUUUUGUAUUAAAGACUUUAGGUUUUUAGGUUAAUUUUGGUAUCUCAAUUAGUUAUAUGUACUCAACUUAGUUCUACUUUUUGCUUGGUGUAGGCACUUAAGCAAAUAGUUAUCCGACAAUAAAGAAAUUAAA